AUGGCGCCCUCGGCAGUCGACGAGACCGCCAGCGACGAUCUCUACUCGAGGCCCAGGCCCCGGCCCCAGCGGUCGCCCGCUGAGGCGGCGCAGGUCCGCAUCCGCAACCGCCGCAGGGAGUACCUCGAGCAGAACCCGGACUACUUCCGGUCUGCGGAGCAUGAGCUUGCCGACCCUCUCCUCUACGACAUCCUCAUCCGGCGCUUUCAAACACCACAGGAGCGCCAAGCAGAAGGCCAAGCAAAGGGCUACGCCCGCGUGCUCGAAGGCUCCCUCCUCCGAGGCGAGGCCCGCCUCGCCCGCAUGGCCGAGUCCUACGCCUCCCAGCCCACAGGCGGCGGCGAUAGUAGCAGAGCAGAUCCAGCGUCAUCAUCAGCAUUCCGGCCGGCAGACAUACGCACCCACUACCAGUACCAACAACCAUCGCCGACGGCGGCGGCGGCAGCAUCGCAACCGCCAUCCAGAGCCGAUUUCCUCCCCGCGGAGAGAAACCCCGCCACGGCCAGCGCGGCCGCCCAGGCAUUCGCAGAGUCCGACGACGACCCGCCCGCCGACCGCGCAGAGGGCCAGCGCCGCUGGGACGACUUCCUGCGCGAGCGCUUCGUGCACGGCGGCGACGACGACUUCGACUACGCCGGGCUCGUCGACGCGGACGACCGCUACGACGAGCUGGAGCGGCGGGACGCUGAGGACGCCUGGUUCGACGACGAGGAACCGGGUUCCCCGUGA